AUGUCUGUUAUGUGGGCGCGGCUCUCUGCGCUCGCAUGCGCAACACGCCCGGACCUCCUCGACACGCUUGGUCGGCGCUUAUUCGACAUCGAGCCUUGUGCUCUGCCCAUUGUCUCUCCCGAGGACGAGAUCGUCACCGCAACCACCACAACCGUCGCGGCCUCCAUCACAGCUGCAUUGCCACUACCCCUUCCCGAACCAUACUUCUUUGCCACUAUCGAUACCAUGACCUCCUUCUUGUCGUGGCUGUCCCUCCUCACGCUUCUCUUCGGCUUUCUGCUCGCACUUGGCACGAUCGGCUCCCGCGCUCAAUUCUCAACUCCUCCACCCCCUCUGUCUCCUCAGCCGACCACCAUCACCGCCGAUUCCGAGCCCUCCAAUGAGAUCAAGUCUUUGCCACAUAGCCCCCUCGUUGCCCACGCUCUCCUGAGGCUCGCUCUUGUGUCCCAAAUGCACCCUAUGGAACCAGUACCAGAGGCCGAAUGGCGCCAAGUUCUCUCACACCCUGUCCUAGCCCCUCACACCGAACAACUUCUCCCUCCUGAAUACCGGCGCGAUGCAAAUGGAGAACGCAUUUUCUUCGGCUGGAUAGCUUUCGCUCCGCUUGUACCCGCAUCGGCCCUCAUGCCAUCUGUCGCUCCAGACGCCAGCGCACCUGACGUCGAUGAGGGAAAACUCUCCGAAUUGCAGCCCGUCACCGACUCAGAUGACGAUGAAGGCAACUCCGACGAACACUCCUCGGAGCCCCAAGACGACAUGGCGGCCUCCGAAGGCAGCGAAGAAGAACCGUCUCCCGAGCCCCUCUGCUCUGAUGCCGAGAGCGACGACGAUGACGAAGAGUCCAUCCCCGAACCCACCGAUGACUUCUCUUACCUCGACGGGGAGGACGUUUCUGGCAACAACAUGCCAACACUUGAUGCUGAUCAGUAUACGCUCGAUAAGUACCCGCCCGAGGGCAAGACGUAUCUCUCAGCAUGGAACCUCAUCUCCAAGGACUCUGAUGCCUCCGAGAUGCACGCUUCCGAUGAUAGCGAGACUGUGUAUGACCCGGUUCCCCCUCCCAAGUCGGUUGACGAGGAAAGGAGUGGUGUGUACACGCCUGAUGCGCGCAUCGACCGUGUUAUUGAUGCUGUAUCUGAAGACCAAGACCGCCUCGACCUCGAUGCCGAUGAUUCUCACAAGCCCAGCGCGGACGUGCCGCCAGAGGUUCUGCCAACAGACCAGCUCGAGCCCUCAGAUGCGCCUGAGACCCCGCCAGCUGUACAAAAGAGCGCCGAAGUCGCCAUCAACCUACUCAAACCGCCCUCGCUCGCCAGCGAGGUGUACGCGUCCCUCACGCUUGCGAAGUCCCACACCAAGGGUCACCUACACCACGACGUCGCCGUCCUGACGCUCGCCUUCUGGAUGGGCUUCGACCACGCAGAUGAAACCGAUUUCGUCCCACAGGCUGUUGUCGAACAAUGCUCUUUCCUCGAUACCUUCCCCGCGUUCAUUCGUAAGCUAUUCGCGAACCGCGUGGAGGAGGGAAUGGACUUCGCGGCAUGGGAAAACACGGGUGACCAGCAGUACAUGUACAACUGGGGCGUGCAAACGGCGACGCAAGUCAUUCUGGAGGGGGAAUGCGAGCGCGUCGACGAUAUUCUCAUGCCACGCGAGCGCAAGGAAGAAGCCUUUGCCUAUAUCGCCGGUUGGCGCGCCAGUAUGCGUGAGCUUUGUGCGGCGGGUCCAAGGACACGCAAAGCCCUCGACAUAGACUGCUUCGAAUAUGGCUUGAACGCACUUCGCGACGGCGAGGUCAUUGCAAAGGAUGUGCUCUGCUCCAUGGACCAGACACAGCUUGAAGACUUCCUCACUGCGACGUCCCAUGUCCUCCUGGAUUCUGCAAUGCGAUCUAUCGAGAAGGAGAAGUGGCUCGGGACGUGCCAGGCGCUGUAUGGAGCCGACCGGCGCGAAGAACGUUGCCAAACCAUCCAGAACUUCACCCUAGAGGAACUCGCCAAAUUUCGCGGCGCCUAUCUCGAGGCCAUGCUUCUGCUCAUCCGGCUCAUGGGGGGUAGCGAGUACCUCGGUCCCUUCAACGCCGUCGUCCCCAAGCGCUUCACCGUCGCCGACUUUGCCAAGAACUACUUCGCGCAUGCGGGCAGCGGGAAGUGCGACGCGGAGACCUGCGCCACGCGGUUCAAGCAUAUGACUUCGGAGGAGAUGGCAGAGUUUUUGGAGGAGAUAUGGGACGAGAUCGGGGAUAUUUGGGCUGUGACUUCCAACACGAAGGCGCCAAGCAUCGCAGAUUUUCACUCAUCUACCUUGGAGGAGUACGAAGAGUCUUCUGCCGGGUCGCCGCAGAGCUCGCGUGCGUCCUCGCCUGCGCCUUCCGAAGAUGAAUCCGACAUGUACGACGUCUGCCCUCUUUCUCCGCAACCUCCACUCCCGCUAUCAGAGAACGCCUCUCGUGCCCCGUCGCCAGCUCCCACUCAAGCAGUGGUCGAGCGCGCCCCCACACCCACUUCCCCCCUCCCUCCUCCCUCGCCUUCCCCUCCGCCUCCACCACCUCCCCCACGCUCCGAAAAGUACCUCAUGGGCCACGCCCACGCCGUCGAAGGCUUCGCGCACAACCCCCUCGGGCUCACCACCCGCUUCUUCGCCGCCCGCGACUGGGACGCGCCCACCUUCGACGACUACCGCCGCGGCUGGCUCGCCGGCAUGCUCGAGCUCGUCGCGCGCACCGCAGGCGCGCCGCACGACGGACUCGGGGCCCCCAGGGCCUGGUGCUGCGGCAUGGGCUUGCCAACGUGGGUGGAUCAGGAUCCCAAGACGCCAGACGAGCUGGUCGGGUUCAUCAAGAAGAUGACGCCAAGUGACAUUGGGGCGUUCCUCCGGAAGGGAUGGAAGAAGCUGGGGGAGAAGGGGAGGAAGAAUGGGAGGUACGACUAUGCGGGCCCGUGCGAUAUCGACGUGGUGCAUUUAGGGGAGCCAAGUUUGAAUGAGAAGAUUGAGAUGGCGCUGGCGUUUAGAGGGUGA